UUGGCAGCGCCGAGGCGGGAAUCUUGAGCCGCUCUGGCGUUGAGGGAGCGCUGUCUCCCCCGGUUCCUCCUGGCUGGUGGCGCAGCUUCCUUCGGAACCUCUCUGGUUAAUACUGCUGAAUAUGAGACGAUCGGCAGCACCAAGUCAGUUUCAAGGGAAUCCCUUCAAAAAGCUAAAAUUUAUACCUCCAGCAAGAAGUAAUCCAAGUCCUAAUGAAGAGGUUACAAAGCUGAAUUCAGAUAUAAAAUUAUUUGAGGUUGCUGCAAAUAAGAAUACUUUUCUGCAGUCACAAAAUGAUCCCAGAAUAUGCAGUUUUAAUCUGCCUACUGAAGAAAGUUCUAGAGGAAUUAAUCAUGAGGAUAAUUACAGGGGAAAAUAUUGCUUGGAAGCAUCUGCAAAGACAACAUCAGACCCACAUCAUACAGUUCAUUUAGCCCCUAAAGAAAUAACAGUGUCUAAGGGACAAGAAGAGGAACCUGAUAGCCUAGUUAAAUAUUUCAGUGUUGUUUGGUGUAAGCCUUCAAAGAAAAAACACAAAAAGUGGGAAGGUGAUGCUGUUCUUAUUGUAAAAGGAAAGUCAUUUACAUUAAAGGAUUUGGAAGGCAAAGACAUUGGAAGAGGCAUUGGAUAUAAAUUCAAAGAGCUUGAAAAGAUUGAAGAGGGCCAAACAAUGAUGAUUGGUGGAAAAGAAAUAGAAGUCAUGGGUAUAAUCUCUCCAGAUGAUUUCAACAGUGGCAGAUGUUUUCAGCUUGGAGGAGGAAGUUCUGCUGCCUUACGUUCUUCUCAAGCUGUCAAGAAGUGUUUCUCUAACCCUUUCAAAAGUGUCUGUAAACUAAGUUCAAAGGAAAAGAGACAGAACAGUUUCCAAAAUUGCAAACCACGCCAUGACCCAUAUGCACCAAAUUCCCUUGUUAUGCUACGACCAGAUAAUAAUCACCAGUGGAUGUUCAAUAAGAACUGUUUCCCUGUUGUGGAUGUAGUGAUAGAUCCUCACCUUGUAUUUCACCUUCGACCACAUCAGAAAGAAGGGAUCAUAUUCCUUUAUGAAUGUGUGAUGGGAAUGAGGGUGAAUGGCAGAUGUGGAGCUAUUCUUGCUGAUGAAAUGGGUUUAGGGAAAACACUGCAAUGUAUUUCGCUCAUCUGGACUCUACAGUGUCAGGGACCCUACGGUGGCAAGCCAGUAAUAAAGAAGACACUUAUUGUCUCACCUGGAAGCUUGGUGAAUAAUUGGAGGAAAGAAUUUCAAAAAUGGCUAGGAAGUGAAAGGAUCAAGAUAUUUACUGUUGAUCAGGACCACAAAGUAGAAGAAUUCACCAAAUCUCCAUUUUAUUCUGUUCUUAUCAUCAGUUAUGAAAUGUUACUUCGUUCCCUGGAUCAAAUUAAGAAUAUAAAAUUUGAUCUUCUAAUUUGUGAUGAAGGGCAUCGUUUGAAGAACAGUACCAUUAAGACAGCUACAGCCCUCAUUAGCCUCCCCUGUGAGAAAAGGAUAAUUCUAACUGGUACCCCAGUUCAGAAUGAUCUCCAAGAAUUUUUUGCAUUAAUUGAUUUUGUAAAUCCAGGAAUAUUAGGCUCUUUGCCAUCUUACAGAAAAAUAUAUGAAGAACCAAUUAUUAAAUCGAGACAACCUUCUGCUUCUGAGGAAGAGAAGGAGUUAGGAGAGAGAAGAGCAGCUGAACUUACUUGCCUCACUGGGCUCUUUGUCCUUAGAAGAACCCAAGAAGUCAUAAAUAAAUAUCUCCCACCUAAGAUAGAGAAUGUAGUCUUUUGCCGACCAGGAGCCCUACAGAUUGAACUUUAUCGAAAACUGUUGAAUUCUCAGGCUGUCAGAUUCUGUCUUCAAGGAUUGUUGGAAAACAGUUCUCAUCUAAUAUGUAUUGGAGCUCUUAAAAAACUGUGCAAUCACCCCUGCCUUUUGUUCAGCUCAGUAAAGGAAAAAGAAUGCAGCUCAACUUGGGAUGAGAAUGAAGAAAGGAAUCUAUAUGAAGGCUUGAUAAAUGUGUUUCCCGCUGAUUACAACCCGCUCAUGUUUACUGAGGAAGAGUCAGGAAAACUACAGGUGCUGUCAAAGCUCUUAGCUGUUAUCCACGAACUUCGUCCUGGUGAAAAAGUGGUGUUGGUAUCCAACUAUACACAAACCUUGAAUAUUUUACAAGAAGUAUGCAAACGUCAUGGAUAUGCUUAUACAAGACUUGAUGGACAAACACAAGUCUCUCAAAGGCAACAAAUUGUUGAUGGCUUUAAUAGUAAAUACUCUUCUGAUUUUAUUUUUUUGUUAAGUUCAAAAGCUGGUGGUGUGGGACUUAACCUUAUUGGAGGAUCUCACUUAAUUCUCUAUGACAUUGAUUGGAAUCCAGCCACUGAUAUCCAGGCAAUGUCUAGAGUGUGGAGAGAUGGUCAGAAACAUCCUGUACAUAUUUACAGACUCCUAACCACAGGUACAAUAGAAGAAAAGAUCUAUCAAAGGCAGAUCAGUAAGCAAGGUCUUUCUGGGGCAGUUGUAGACCUAACCAAGACAUGUGAUCAUAUUCAGUUUUCAGUAGAAGAACUUAAAAAUUUGUUCACAUUACAUGAAAGUUCGCGUUGUGUUACUCAUGACCUGCUUGACUGUGAAUGUACAGGAGAAAAUCAUACAGGUGAUUCAUUGGAAAAAUUCCCUGUCUUUAGAAAUUGUCAGCUUGGUACACAUCAACAGAAGUCUGACUCCCUGAAACCUGUCUCCAUGUCACAGCUGAAGCAAUGGAAACAUUUUUCUGGAGAUCAUUUAAAUCUUACAGAUCCUUUUCUUGAAAGAAUAAGAGAAAAUGUGUCAUUCUUUUUUCAGAAUAUAACCAAUCAAACUACUGCUAUAUAACCCCCUUUAAAAAAUUAAUCUAGUAAGUAAGCGUAAUUUUGGAAAACAAAUAGAAUUAUUUUAAUUAUAAUAAUAUAUUUUAUUGCAAAGUAUAUUAUAGUUUUGAUAUAAUAAUCAAAACUGAGUUUAAUUUUUGUAUAUAUUCUUAAAUAUUGAAACAUUAAAGACAUACUUCUAUCAUCCUAUAAUUGUUUAUUAAUAAUUCCAUAAUUCAUGAAGUUUCAUUAAAUAAUUUCUAAGGAAUUUUCAUAAGGAAUAUUAAAAGGUAAAACGCCCAGUUUCUAUCUUUGGGAAAUCUAAACUGAUUAGGAAUAUUAGACAUAGAUGUGGGAGACAACUGAAAAAUUUGAUAAAUUUAAGCUAUAGCUCAAAGGAGAAAGAGAAUCAGAAACUAGGAUUGCUAAUGCUGAAGAUUCAGUUGGAUAUAAUAGUUGCUGCCGGGCAGUUUGGGUGAGAAUGGUCUGUGGGUUGUGGCAGGACGGGGAGGAGUAUUGGACACUUCAAAGCACCGGUUUCUAAUCUGGGACUUCAGACUGUAAAGCCAUGUCCACCAAGCAUUGUUUGUACACUGGAUAAUGGUACAGCUACCAUCAUCUCAAGGGGUUUCUGUAGUAAUUUUUGACAUUAAAUAGAAAGUUUUAAUGUACAAAGCAAGCUUUAGACGACUGAAGUCUGCAAGAAGAAAGGAGUUACUCAUUUAAUCUUCAAUUGGGGUUUCUGUAAUCAGCUUUUGCUUCCUUUUAGGGAAAUUUCUUUUAGACUGAAUAUUGUCUUGAGGUGUUGAAUAAAGACUCAAUUGUGUAUCA